GAGCGAAUGUAGGGGUGAUUCCUUGAUAAUUAUAAAUGUCAUCAGCCCACAUCAUUGUGCCACUUCUUUGUACUCCAGCCUCUAGAUUAACAGCCUAAACAAACAUACGAAAUUUUAUAGAAGCUGUACAAAAUAUAGUAUAUAUGCGCAAUAUUGAAGCGUUCAAGGGGAUAUAAAGGUAAUGUACAUCACAUACACGUGUACUCUCAUGCAACAAAAUACAAUUAGAUUUAAUAGUAUAAGCUCUUUUAUUCAUCAUAAGAGAUUGGAAAUUUAAGUGUCUUACGAGGGUGAGUAAAAAGUUACCCGCUCUGUCGGUGUAGAAUUUAUUUUAAGCAAUUGUCAAAAAAGACAUACAUCAUUUUUUGACAUAAUCACUCGAUUUCUGUAUACACUUUGUCCAUUUGCCGAAGGACCUUUAUAUUUUCUCAUUAAAAAAUGUUUUGGGCUGAGCUGCGAACCACGAAUGCAUCGUCGUCUUCACCUUUUCAUCAGCUUUUUCGGCAUCCAUCUCGCACAAACUUUUUAAAAUCCAAAUCUGUCGUGCACUAUUGCAUAAGCAGAGCCGUGGCUGAUUUGCAAAUGAUUUGCCACAUUAUCCAGUGUCACUCGUCUAUUCCAUAGAGCAUAAGUUCAUGAGCACGUUCAAUGUUGUCAUCGUGGAUGUGGACGGGCGUCCAGCUGUUUUUUCAUAACACUCGUGCGAUCUUCUUUGAACUUUUGUGCCCAUUCAAACACACUUCGUGACAAAACACUUUCUCCAUAAUGUGCAUUAAAUCUUUGAUAAAUAUAGGCAUCAAACAUAACCUCCGACCACAAGAAACGAAUCACAGCAUCCUGCACUGUUUUCCUGCAAAUCACCAUUGCAAAGCGCCAUUACUCGCGCAACGGUCACAAACGAAUUGACGUAACACAAAGAAACCUGCGCAGCAGCACUGAACAGAUAUUGACGUCAUACGAAGAGUGCAGAUGGAUCAAUACGGUCGACAGAAGUUUUAACUAUCUGGAGUGCGGAUAAAUUUUUACUGAGAGUCGUAUAGGAAUCUAUAAUCUAGUACUUUCGAAAAUACGCCGAGAGUAUUCCUGAUGGUGAAACGAGCGUUGCUUCAUCGAACGCAGCUAAAGAAAACAACAUCUAUGUAGUUGGUGGUACGAUGCCUGAAAUAGAGGGCGAUAAAUUGUACAAUACCUGUACUAUUUGGGGUCCCGAUGGAACUUUGAUAGCAAAACACCGAAAGGUACAUCUAUUCGACAUCGACAUUCCUAAUAAGAUUACUUUUCGAGAGAGUGAUUCACUCAGUCCUGGUAACUCCCUAACGACGUUCGAUGUGAAGGGCUGCAAAAUAGGUAUUGGCAUUUGCUGUGAUAUUAGAUUCGAGGAAAUGGCACGCAUUUAUCGGAACAAAGGUUGCCAAAUGCUGAUAUAUCCAGCGGCAUUCAAUAUGACCACUGGACCACUGCACUGGUCAUUACUUCAGCGUUUCAGAGCGAAUGAUAAUCAAUUAUACGUUGCCUGCAUAUCACCGGCUCGUGUUCCUUAAGCAAGUUACGUCGCAUGGGGACAUACACAGUUGAUCAAUCCCUGGGGAAAGAUUCUUUACGAUUUGGAAACUCAAGAGAAUAUG